AUGAUGUUUAACAAUAAAAUAUUAUUGUCUCAACGGAAUGGUGAUCAAGAGAUUGUGAUAGCGUACUUCAGCAAGUCGUUGUCAAAGCCGGAAAGGAACUAUUGUGUCACAAGACAGGAAUUGCUUGCUGUGGUAAAGUCCUUGCAGCAUUUUAGCAAAUAUCUUCUGGGGCGGAAAUUCCACUUACGAACUGACCAUGCUGCACUGGAAUGGCUAUUGCAGUUCAAAAAUCCGGAAGGACAAGUUGCGAGAUGGAUUGAACUACUGCAAGAAUACGACUUUGUGAUCGAACAUCGCAGCGGGAAAUCUCAUGACAAUGCAGAUGCAUUGUCAAGAAGACCUUGCCCUGAAGAUUGCUAG